CAGCGCUCACCACAGAGAGACAGAGAGCUCCCGGUGAAGCAGGACUCCGCCAUCUUCAUAGAGAAAAGAAAGGUGGAAAAGCCAGCAGGUCUUGAUUUAUUUGGCAGAAGGGCGGCAGUCCAUGUCCCCAGUCUCCAUAGAGCCGAGCAAGGGGAGCGUUUGCAAGGAGUUGGACUGACUGAAAAAGUAGCUGACAUUGCACGCAAAAGGCGAGUUCUAGUGUCCUGGGAGAAGUGACCAUCGCUUGCUGAACCCAAACACUGAGAAGAAAUUGGGAUUUAAAAUUUGAUUUUUAUCAUCAGCCCAUUAUUUCUUUUUGUAUCCUUGUGGAGAAAUUUCAGAGCCGCUGAUGAGCCUCAUAGUUGACUGCACGGAGAGAGGUAUUGAACAGACCUAAACUGUCAGAACGCAGUGGGCAUCAUAUUUGACAUUUGACAAGAUAUACCGACAUUUUUUUUUGCUGGUGUGUUCACAAGUUUCAGACCCGGGCGUGAAACAUCAAGGAUAUUUUUUUCGCCUUUUCGUCCUCGGACAGAUUGCUUUCAUCACACACCUUAACCAAAUGUGUUAGUCACAGAAUCCCUUACAGCGAAGACAGCGCGCGCGCGCGUGUGAGUGUGUGUGUGUGUGGAUGUGUGUGUUUUGUGGACACGGCGCGGUCGUAUAGGGCGCAAAAGUGGACAGCGGGGACGAAGCGCAAAGACUUUUCAGCUCUUCUGACCAAAGGACUCUUAGAUCCGUCCGUCUGGCGGUCCAACGCGCAAGCAGUGCCAGUUUCGUGGGGGUCCCGGGAAAAGUUACCGAGAGGAAACGAGGACCGCGCACAGGAGAGGAGGCAGCCGAUCAAUCCUUGUGCAGGUCACCGGGCGAUGCCAGUGUAAAUGCCAGGGCAAUGUCCCGUCGCAAGCAGGGAAACCCACAGCACGUGUCACAAAGAGAAAUAACACCGGAAGCUGACCAUGCGGAAGCCGUGUUGGACGUGCCCGAGAUGCCACCCAACUCUCACCCGCACCCGCACCCGCACCCGCACCCUCACAGCCACCCGCACCCUCACCCUCACCCGCACCCUCACAGCCACCCGCUGCAACACGGGCACGGGCAUGGGCACGGGCAUGGGCACGGACACCCGCUCCCUCUGGCGCUUCCGCUGCCGCACGCCCUCCACCACGCCAUGCUGGACCCGGCCGUGUGCGGCCCGCUGCCCGCCAGCCUGGGCGACCACGACCUGCUCACCUGCGGGCAGUGCCAAAUGACCUUCCCCCUGGGCGACAUCCUGCUCUUCAUCGAGCACAAGAAGAAGCAGUGCCAGAGCCUGACGGGCAACCACGGCUGCUACGACAAAAUGGCCGACCGCAACGGCGGCGGCGGCGGAGGAGGACGAAGAGGCGGAGGAGGAGGAGGAGGAGGAGGAGGAGGUUGCGGCAGUAGCCCCUCGCCACUUCACCAGCGCCCCGAGCUGCGUAAGGUGGUGGAACCGGUCGAAAUCGGAAUCCAGGUGACUCCCGAGGAGGAGGACGACAGGCUGCUGACGCCCCCGAAAGGAAUUUGCCCCAAGCAGGAGAGCGGCCAACCAGGUAGAGAUGAACCUGCAAGCUACAUCUGCACGACCUGCAAGCAACAUUUCAGCAGUGCCUGGUUCCUCCUCCAACACGCUCAGAACACCCACGGCAUCCGCAUCUACCUGGAGGCCAACAACAACAACGUGACCCUGACCCCCCAGAUCACCCUCCGCCCGCCCAUGGGCGCCGAGUCCAUACCCCAGUCUCCGCUCACCAACUUUCUAGGCGACAACAACCCCUUCCACCUGCUCCGCAUGACGGGCCCGCUGCUCCGCGAGCCGCCGCCGGGCUUCGUGGAGAACCGUCUCCCCGGCACGCCGCCGUUCGUCAGCCCUCCGCCGCGCCACCACCUGGACCCGCAUCGCUUGGAACGCCUUAGCGCCGAGGAAAUGGGCUUAAUCUCCCAGCACCCCAGUGCCUUCGAGAGGGUGAUGCGCCUCAACCCCAUGGCCAUCGAGUCCCAGUCCAUGGACUUCUCGCGCCGGCUCCGCGAGCUGGCGGGCAACAACAACACCACCGCCGUCGUCGCGGGCAACGCCGCCACGCCGCCGCUCUCGCCCAGCCGCGCCAACCCUAUGCACCGCCUGCUCAGCGCCAACCCCUUCGCGACGGCCAGCCCCAAGUCGCCCUUUCUGAGCACGCCUCCGCUGCCGCCCAUGCCGCCGAACAGCACGACGCCGCCCCAGACCCAGGCCAAGAGCAAGUCGUGCGAGUUCUGCGGCAAAACGUUCAAGUUCCAGAGCAACCUGAUCGUGCACCGGAGGAGCCACACGGGCGAGAAACCUUACAAGUGCCAGCUGUGCGACCACGCCUGCUCGCAGGCCAGCAAGCUCAAGCGGCACAUGAAGACGCACAUGCACAAGUCGGGCUCCAUGACGGGUCGCUCGGACGACGGCCUGUCGGCCACCAGCUCGCCGGAGCCGGGCACGAGCGACGUGACGGGCGAGGGCAUGAAGAACCGCGACGGCGACUUCAGCGGCGAGGGCUGCGAGAACGAGGAGGAGGAGGAGGAGGAGGAGGAAGAGGAGCUGGAGAACGAGAGCAGGCCCGAGUCCAACUUCAGCAUGGACUCGGAGUUCUGCCGCAAUCGCGAGAACGGCUCCAAGCCGCCCUCGGAAGAGAAGGACAUGUCCCUGGGCAAGAUGGUGGAGACGGCUGGACUCAACUCCAUCCAGCAGUACAAUAACAUGAUAGUCGACAAUCGCAAAAGGCUUCCUUUCUCCAAACGCUGUUCCGAUCACGGUCAGCGUGACACCGGAGAUCACGACUCGGUGGUGGGCGAGAUGGACCACGUGGAGCGGGCGACGGUCAACGGCCGAAACUGCGGCUCCGGCGACUCCUUCUCGGGCCUGUUCCCCCGCAAGCCCACGCCCAUCACCAGUCCGAGCCUGUCCAACUCCUCCAAGAGGAUCAAGAUCGAGAAGGACCUGGACAUUCCCCCCGCGCCGCUCAUCCCGUCCGAGAACGUCUACUCCCAGUGGCUGGUGGGCUACGCGGCGUCGCGCCACUUCCUCAAAGACCCCUUCCUGGGCUUCACCGACUCCAGACAAUCGCCCUUCGCCACCUCGUCCGAGCACUCGUCGGAGAACGGCAGCCUGCGCUUCUCCACGCCGCCCGGCGACCUGCUGGACGGGGGCCUGUCGGGGCGCAGCGGCACAGCCAGCGGCGGCAGCACCCCGCACCUGGGCGGCCCCGGCAGCGGUCACCACCACCACCACGGCCGGCCCGGCUCCAAGGAGAGUCGCCGGAGCGACACCUGCGAGUAUUGCGGCAAGGUGUUCAAGAACUGCAGCAACCUGACGGUGCACCGGCGCAGCCACACCGGCGAGAGGCCCUAUAAGUGUGAGCUGUGCAACUACGCCUGCGCCCAGAGCAGCAAGCUCACGCGACACAUGAAGACCCACGGCCAGCUCGGUAAGGAAGUCUACCGCUGUGACAUUUGCCAAAUGCCCUUCAGCGUCUAUAGCACCCUGGAGAAACACAUGAAAAAGUGGCACGGGGAACACUUGAUGACAAAUGAGGUGAAAAUUGAACAAGCAGAGAGAAGCUAAGCUAGGCUUUUCCUAUUUAGCCUCUUGAAUAACAAACAGACAAACAGACAAACAAAAACAAAUGGGGUAGAUGGGUUCACUUGAUUCACAAUGAUUCUAGUUUAUUUUAUGUUUUGCCUAAGAAACUGCCAUCUGAGAAAAGAAAAAAAAAGUAGGAAGUUCAACUAUGUCAGUGUAAACUGCCUAAAUUGGCUUUUUGAUUUUUACAAUCUAUCAGCGGAUGACUUAAAUAUACGUGGAGCCUUUAACUGUGCAAUAAUUUCUGUAUUUAUUGGAUUUUGUAAUGUUCUGGCAUGUGCAGGUACGUUUUUUAUUUGAUCAUUAUUUCCUUUUUGUUCUAUUAUUUUAUGCUGGGAUUUUCUUUUUUAAAAACCCAGAGGACAUCCUGAGAUUUUCUUUUUUCGCAGAGCAGAAUACCAUUUGAAUAAUUUUAAAGCCGCUGCUUUUUUCUGAUCUGUAUAUUUAAGUUACAUGUGUAAUUUCUUGAGGAGAAGCCGAAUUCAAUCUUCAUUUUAAAAAAAAGAAAAAAGAAAAAAGCUUAACCGACCUUUUAUAUAAAAAGCGUAGUUUUUGUUUAGUUGAGACAGUAGGACUUGAGCGGACAACAAUCUUUUGCCAUAAUAGCAUGAAACAGAUUUUAAACAUGUCAAUCUAAUUGGGUAUGUAGCACUGAAUGUCAUUUAUGACAGUAAAUCUUAUGAGGAUUCUGGGUCUUUUAAAAACCUGCUUCCCCCCAUGCUCAUAAAUCAAGGAGGAAGAGACCUUAAAAACAGAUGAUCACGAAGGCAGCUGCUUUGAGGUACCUAGUACCAUCCCAGUUAACGCUACUUACACAAACCUUUCUUCUUUUCUACGUCCCAUUAUUGGUAGCAUUCAAACUGUUUACACUGAAACAUGCUACAAAAAAAAAGAAAGAAAGAAAAUAACCCUCUGACAUCACAUAUACAUUAUUGAUACAAUGCAAGUACUGUAGCCGUUGUUUUGUGCAUUCUGCCGAAUCGCCCACUUCUUGGGGAAACUGAAUGACAGUGCACAUGCUGAAACAUCUCAGGGGUGGAUGCGUGCCCGGGCUUCUCUCUCCGCCACAGUCGUCAGCUUGUUCUUACUCAGAAGACCAGUCCAGUGCAAUGAGUUAGCACCCGCGCUAGUCCAGUGCAGAAAUUAAUCACCACAUCUUGUGUUAUUUUUUCCUCAGCCACUUGCUUUUUUAAAUAUAUAUAUAUGUAUUCAUACAUAUAUAUUUAUAUAUAUAUGUAUCCUGUAUACCCGUGAAUGGUUGGAGAACACUUAUUUACUGGACAGAGUGGUUUAGAACUAUGCUGCACAGUGAAUAGUCUCACUCAAGCAGAACAAUCCAGUAUACUAACGUGACAUGGAUGAUCUGAGUGUGAUCUGGCUCAGACCCGGUUUGAGUCCGGGCCAGUUCUGAUCCAGAACCUUCUAGAACACAUUCCUAAAUAGGUAUGACAUGAUCCAACAACAAUUAGCAGCAGGUCAUACCAGUAAACUUUGCAGCAGCAAAUCAUAAUCUAUUCACCGAGGGAAAUGAUCAAGUAGACAAUGUCGCCUAUCCUUAUAAGUGGUUUUUAUACUUUUUACAUCUUAUAUUUACGUUCCAUCUGAGAGUGCAUCAUGUGUUCAAAAAAUGGCACUGUUGAUUUUAGAGUGGGCUGGGUAAAAGACAAUAUUAGCCAUAGUGAAUAUUACCACUUUAACCAGAUAAGAGGACAAAAAAAAAUACAAUUUAAACAGAAUUCCAAAAUACAGUUCAAAACGUGUACGCCAUCUGCCGAUGUUUGUGAUAUCACUUGAAAAUAGCCCUAUGCAUUUCUAAAUAUAUUUAUCGACCAUUUUGAAAAUGAAUUUAUACUCUAUAGUGUAUCUUAUUACAAAGUUUACCAUUGUCUAAAAUGUUUAUAUUUCUGAUUUUAUCUGGUUAACUUGGUUAUUUACCCUGUCAUUGGCAGAUAUGUAGAUUGCAGUAGUAGCCUACAUUGCACAGUAGUAACAGUGUGUGCAAAUUCCUGUUGAGCAUGUUCGUAAACAGUAAGACUAUUUUCUUUCUUUCUUUCUUUCUUCCUUUCUUUCUGUCUUUCUUUCCUCCCAUUCAGGGCUUCCUGUGAUGUGUAGUUGAACACACUCUAAGAAGUAGCCACUUUGUCGCGUAACGAACGCACUGCUGACGUUUCUGAGCUUUUUAGAGAGAGAACACGCGCACACGUAUUUUGGGUCUUCAGUUGGCACUGACGGUGCCUGAGCCACAAUUGUGUUACAUGCAGUCAUGAACCCCUCUUUCACGUAUAACACCACCAUCCCCAUCCACACACACACACAACACACACACAUACACACACACACACACACACACACACACACACACACACACACACACACACACACACACACACACACACCUCCCACGAGGGGGCCACGCCACCCAAAUUUGUAGACCUGAAGGAAAGAGACAGAAAAACACUUUUUGAAAAAAAAAAAACAUUUUAAACAACAUUUUUGCAGCCUGACCCGCACUUUAUGAUUUGUUUUAGACAUUUUUCUUUUCUUAAAAAAAAAAACAAAACAGAAAACGGCUUCUGAGCAAGAAAUUACGUUUAACGGAUUGACUAGGGCCUUGCAAAGGAGAGCAUCUGAGAUUCAAGUGUCAGCGUUGCUAGGCUAGGCUAUCACAAUGCUGGCACUAUAAAAAGUCAAAAUAAUUUAUUUGGACAGUUUUUAUACUGCCAUCCAAUUCGACAUGAGUGUGCCUUGAAUACUGAUCUUCCUAUUUAUUGUCUCUAAAGACAAAUGCAACACAUUUGUGAAGCAAGGAAUUAAAAGAAAAAAGAUGUAACAAUUGUACUGAAAUGUCCUUUCAAAAUAUGAAAUCUGAAAUCACAUGAAAAAGGGAAAAAAAGAAAUGAUUUUAACAUGAAAAAGGUGGCCAGCACAAUAUUGAUGUGUCUGUGUGUGUAUAUAUGUAUGCAUAUGUACAUAUGAAGGCACAAACACAUGCACACACCCACCCACCCAGACACACACUUGGACACACACACACACACACACACACACACACACACACACACAUUCAUAUACAGAACAUUAUUCACUUCAGGACAAGAAUGCGUCCCUUGAUUUAAAAAAAAAAAAAAAUGCUAAAAAAAAAAAGUGGCCUAGAACGCCACUCACAAGCAAGGAAGAGACUGGACGAAAAUCAGGAACAACAAAACAAAAUAUAAAAAAAAAGACAAAACAUUUUAGUGCACUCAGUCUUAAAUACGUUUACAGUAUUGAAACAAGUACAAGGGUAAAAUGAUAUUUCUGUGUAUGUGUGUUUUAAACAAGUUUUUUUUUUUAGUUUACUUAUAAACUUUCUCUGAAUGCCAUAGUGGCUAUGUGUAUAUUGGUUUUUUGGUGACGGGGUUUUAGUAUAUAUAUAAAUAUAUAUAAAUAUAUAUAUUACAUUUUUCUUGUUUACUGUACAAGUAUACCAGUAUUUGUAAUAUUGGAGAAUGCCUGGGCAUUUUACAAGGAUAGAUUUUUUUCUUUUCUUUUUUUCUUUUUUUUUCAGUCCAAUUUAAAUUGUGGGUCUAUACAAUGUUAUGUCACUGUAAUUGUAAAUGUCUUGAUUUCUGGUAAAAUUUUAUUCUGCCUUGGGUGUGAGAAAAUAAUAAUAAUAAAAAAGAAUGAAUUAAAAAAAAAGAAUGCUUACCAGAGCUGAAUGGUGAUGGUGACGGGACCAGCUUUUCAAUGUAAGGAAGUUUUCCCAUGUAGAAUAUGUUCAAUAUGGAUUUGCUUUUCAACACUCAUGUCCCUGAAACAUAUCUUUUUCCUCCUGAAUUUUUUUCCCUUUUUUUUUCUUUUAAAUCUUGCUCCUCCUGAAAUGCUUCUACUUCCUGGCUGGAUUGAUACACAUGUAGGCACUCACUGUCCUUUUACUGGAGCUUUCGUCAUUUUUAUCUUGUAUAUGCAUCUCUUGUGAGAAAGGUCACCUUGAGGUAACCUUGGGGUAACUUUGAGUCAUGUUAGUAGAGGAAUGGGUCCAUUACUGAAGAUAAAGGUCAAGGGUCAAGCUAACACCAGAAGCUGCCACAGUAUAUUUUUGGUUUGGCAGGAUAAAAUAUUGCAAAAAACAAAAAAUCCUUUAGAAUUUGUAUUGCUGAAAUGGACGUUAUUGUACAGAAGGGAUUUUCAAAAGGCUGUCUAACAACCUUUUGAUGUAGCUACAUAUACAAACGUAAAUGUUUUGUUUAUUAUAUUGGUUGUAAAUAUUUUUUUUUAUAACAACCCAGACUUUUAUUUCUCUUUUUCUUUUUGUUUGUGUGUGUUCUGAUGGGCACUGGCAGUAAUCUGUCAUAUUGGGGUCUUUGACCUUUCAACCUUUAGACAUUUUUAAAAUGACUUUUUUGUUGUCGUUGUUUUUACUUUGGGUGUAAGACCUCGUCCGUACUGGCACUUGUCAGCUGGUCUUUUAGCAUGAAAAGAAUAGAGCACAAUACAAGCUGUUGCAAUUGUCCAAUGAACUGCUCAUUUGUGUCCUUCAUUUUGGUUUGUUUUGAGAAGUAAAAACCUGAAACCUCCCUCAGUGUGCUGGGUAUGUUGUGUAGACAGCUGCUCUGUUUAUGUGGUGGGUGAUGAAGAUGAUGACGAUGAUGAUGAUGAUGAUGUGUGUAUGUGUGGGUAUGUUCACUUUCACUAUACCACCCACCAGACACAUACACAACACACACACACCCACACACACACACACACACGCACACACACACGCACGCACCACACACUUGUACUGUACAUAGACACAAACUCAGAACGAGAGCGGUAGAGAAA